CUGAUCGUACGGUGGGAAUGAUUACCUAUUCAGAAGGAGGGAAGGAGACAGUCUCAGUUCUUAUCGUCGCCGCCUCCGGAGCAGCGUCUAGGGUCAAGGGUUCUCCCGACCACGGCGCUUCAAAUUCUGGAGCUCCAGAUGGCCGUCGCCGGCUUCGGAGCCGUCUCGAGAGUUUCCUUCCCGUUCCGACGUUCUCUUGCGCUCUGCGCCCGUCGCCGGAGCUCCUCGGCUCCCACUUCCACUGUAGAAACACUGGCCGAUCUCGACAGCCUCGUCGGAGACGGUCCGGCCUCCUCUCCGCCCUCGCCUCCUCCGCCUAAGCCCAAUGCAGGAAAAGGUAGUGAUGGCAUUCGGGAGUGGGAGUGGAAAUUCCUGAGCUCGAAGGAGCUGGGUAUUAAGGCAUCGAGGCUACCCAAGCCAACCAGAAUUGUUUUGAAUGGACUUAAGAAAAAAGGCUAUGAUGCAUAUCUAGUUGGAGGUUGUGUACGAGAUCUUCUAAUGAAGAGAGUACCUAAAGAUUAUGAUGUUAUUACAACUGCGGACCUUAAUGAUGUGAAAAGGACGUUCUCACAUUGUGAUAUUGUUGGAAAGAGGUUUCCAAUAUGCCAUGUUCAUGUUAGUGAUUGUAUUGUGGAGGUUUCAAGUUUUAACACCCAUGCGAGAAGGCAACACAAUGAUUUGAGUUAUCUUCCAAGAAGAUCUGAUUGUGAUGAACAUGAUUAUGCUCGCUGGAAGAAUUGUCUUCGUCGGGAUUUCACAAUUAAUGGGUUAAUGUUCAAUCCAUUUUCAAAGAUUGUGUAUGAUUACUUGGGAGGCAUGGAGGACAUUAGAAAAGCUAAAGUCAGGACAGUAAAACCGGCACAUUUAUCUUUCCACGAAGACUGUGCUCGUAUACUACGUGCAAUCAGAAUUGCAGCUCGUUUGGGCUUUAGUUUUUCUAAAGAGACAGCUUAUUCUGUGAAGGAUCUUGCCAAUUCAGUACUUAGACUUGACAAGGGAAGAAUCCUCAUGGAAAUGAACUAUAUGCUAGCAUAUGGAUCUGCUGAGAAUUCUUUGAGAUUGCUUUGGAGAUUUGGCAUCCUUGAACUUCUUUUACCUAUCCAGGCGGCAUAUUUUGUUUCACAAGGUUUCCAAAGGCGGGAUAAGAGAUCUAACAUGUUACUGGAUAUAUUUGCCACCUUGGACAAACUUCUUGCGCCUAACAGGCCGUGCCAUAAUAGCCUAUGGGUAGGGAUUUUAGCAUUUCAUCAAGCAUUAGUUCGUCAACCUCGUGAUCCUUCAGUAAUAGCAACAUACUGCCUUGCUCUUCAUAAUGGAGGAAAUUUGCCAGAGGCUGUAGAUAUUGCAAGGAGUAUCACUCGUUCACAUGAUAACAAAUUUCCAGAAUUGUUGAAAUCUCGAGAAUGGGAUGAUGGAGAUUUGAUUUGUGAGGUUAGGAACCUUGCUUCCUCAGUUACUUCUGCACUAAGCUCGAUGACAGACGAGCAUUUUGUUUCACAAGCAAUGGCACCAUAUCCUCAAGCUCCAUAUUCUGAUUUGGUAUUUAUACCUCUACAGUUGUACUUGAGUGUUGGCAGAAUAUUUGAGUGUGUUAAUAAUCGGCAGUUGGAGCGAGGGUACAUUGCCAAAAAGGGAAAUAAAAUAAACUACUGUUCUCUUGCCGAAGGUGGGCUAGCUGAAAUCCGACAUGUAUUCGCAAGGGUUGUCUUUGACACAAUCUUUCCUCCCAACUCGGAAGGUGAAGUCAGGAUAAAUCCUGUUUGAAGGAUUCUCGAUAAAAUAAAGAUAAACUGGAACCAUACAUUUUACACACUUGAAUGGCUCAACGAGCUGCAUGUGGAAUCUGCACAUGCCUCGAAUUGACUAAUAUCCAAACCAGGUUCGGAUCCAUUGUGCAAUUGCCAAUCUUUGUCGAUGGCAGAUGAUGAUGUUUAAAUUAUGAACGCUUGCACAUCUACAGCAGCGGUUACUGAUUUUUUUUUAGCGGUUUAGGAAAUGUAGAUCUGGGGGAAAUGUAGAUCUCAAAUAAUUGGCAGUUAUGUACAAUGUCUGCGGAGCUGCAGGACCCUAUCACGGGUUUUGGUUGUAAGGCAUGUUGAUUUUUUGCUUCAGCCAUUUAGAAAGUUGAUGCUUAAACACGACAAUCUUCUACAUUGAAGUUCAUUUUUGCAA